UAAAGAAGCGUUGGCUGUUUUUCAUCGAAUGCAGCAUGAAAAUAUAGAUCCUAACGAUGUUACUUUGUUGAGCAUCCUUCCAGCUUGUGCACAUUUAGGUGCUCUAGAUCUUGGCAAGUGGAUACAUGCCUAUAUUGACAAGCAUUAUCAACACUUGAAAAACACUUCUCUAUGGACUAGUCUGAUAAAUAUAUAUGCAAAAUGUGGAGCUAUUGCAGCAGCAAAACAAGUCUUUCAAGGAAUGAAAACUAAAACUUUAGCUUCUUAUAAUGUGAUGAUCUCAGGACUAGCAAUGCAUGGGGAUGCAUAUGAAGCUCUGGAGCUUUUCCGGAAAAUGACAGAGGAAGGAAUGAAACCAGAUGAUGCAAUAUGGGGUUCCUUGCUAGGGUCUUGUAGAAUCCACAAGAAUGUUGAGUUGGGUGAAUAUGCUGCCAAGAAUCUAUUUGAACUGGAACCUGAGAAUCCUGGUGCUUAUGUGCUCUUAUCUAACAUCUAUGCAGGUGCUGGACAAUGGGACAAAGUAGCAUUGAUAAGAACUUUUUUAAAUGAUCAAGGAAUGAGGAAAGUUCCUGGUUGUACCUCCAUUGAGAUUGAUAGAGUAGUCCAUGAGUUUCUUGUUAAAACAUCCGCAAAGCAACGACAUCUAUAAAAUGUUGGAUGAAGUUGAUAGGCUAUUGGAAAUGGCUGGCCAUGUUCCAGAUACAUCAGAGGUACAUUAUGAAAUGGAUGAAGAGUUGAAGGAAGGAAAAUUAAGUCAACAUAGCGAGAAGUUGGCGAUUGCCUUUGGAUUGAUCAGCACAAAGCCUGGGACAACUCUUAGGAUUGUUAAGAAUCUUAGAGUGUGUGGAAAUUGUCACGAAGCAACGAAGCUGAUAUCGAAGAUAUUUAAUAGGGAGAUAUUGCAAGAGAUAGAAAUUGGUUUCACCAUUUCAAGGACGGUUCUUGCUCAUGCAUGGACUAUUGGUGAACUUAUGAAGAUCAAGCAAUUAAUGAUGGCUCAGUUUAUUGCCAGAAUGCUCCCGUGGUAUUAUUAG